AUGAAAGCCAUUGCUGUCUUCAAGGUUAGUUCUGCAAUCACAAUGCUUCGAAGCGGUAUUUCAAUUCGGGAUAUUGUUGAAAAACUGUCUUUGGGUAAGUCUACUACUGGCCAAAUCAGAAUGGAGCAUUGUCCGGGUCUGGGAACCUCGAAAGGUGGUCGUCCUAGGGUGUUGUCUGAAGCCGACAAGCGCUAUUGUGUUCGAAAGGUAACCAAGGAACGGGUUUCAAGCGCCGUCAAGGUCACAAAAAUGUUGGAGAAGAAUUUCCUGAUGAAGUUUCACCUGGAAACCGUUCGUAGAGCACUCCGUACUGCGGGCUUGGGGGCUAUCGAGAAGGAAAAGAAGCCUUUGCUUAGUGACGCUAAUGUCAAGAAGAGACUUGCGUGGUGCAAACAGCACAAGGACUGGACUGUUGACGACUGGAAACGUGUUAUUUGGACAGACGAGACCAAAAUUAACCGUUUCAACUCAGAUGGGCGACAGUGGGCCUGGAUUCGAUCUGGUGAACAGCUUCAAAACCACCAUGUCAAGCUUACGAUGUGCAAGGUAAAUGGUAAUAUGGAUAAGGCACUCUACAAGGAACUUCUGCAAGACGAAUUGGAGCAGACUAUCACUUUUUCCAUGGAGAAAUUGGGAAUUCGCCGUGAACAAUAA